CUCGAAAUAUCGGCCUGUUGGCACAAUAAGAGCCAAAAUGUCGGCCCAAGAGCAAAUGCGAGCUAUGCUUGACCAGCUUAUGGGCACAACGAGGGAUGGGAUCUAUGUGUAUGUAUGCCUGCCUUCAGCCAGGGAAUUAAGAAAGCGUGAUGCUCGCCGAGCCGUGAGUUACCACAUAUAUACGUCCUAGCUUUUCACCAUGUGUUUAAAUGAACAUGUCUGCAAGUUGUGCUGUUGCAGUUGUUAGUCUUUCUUUAAUAUCUGGACAAGAAACUGUAUGAUCUUGGUGCUCAUCCUAGACUGGUAAACCUGCACUUUGCAAAGAUGAAGUUGAUGACAUGCUAAUACUAGUGCAAUUUUUUUUUCUUCUUUCGUUUACAUCUUAACAUUGAGACCUAGGGGAUAUGUGAUGUGUUCAUCUGCAAUGAUCAUUACUAAAACUUGGAAUUUGGCAUUUACACGUGAUUGCUUCAUGCAAGUUUCUCUGGAUUGCAAGCAGGCCAGUUUAGCAAAGUUGUGUCAGCUACAAAUUGUGAACCUAUUACUAGCUGUUGAGAGUGAAAAGAAAAACGAUGUGGCAAAUGUAGAUGAGAAAAAUUGGAGGUGGAAAUGGUGUAGUUCUGGGUUACCCUGCUCUAACCCCUUUGUUCUAGAUGGCGGAGGUACACUUAAGGUGCAGCGUGGCAGGGAAGCAGGGGCCACUUCAGUCACAGUGAUCCAGGGCGCUCCAAGGUCAGGUUCACAGAUGACAAUGUGUGUAAGAGCUUCCUAUUGGAAUGCUGUCCCCAUGACAUGCUGGCCAGCACGAGGAUGGACCUUGGUGAGUGCCCCAAGGUGCAUGACCUGGCCUUACGAGCUGACUACAAGAUAGCAUCAGAGAAGAAGGACUAUUACUAUGAGAUUGAUGCAAUGGAACACCUACAGACCUUCAUCGCCGACUGUGACCGUCGUACAGAACUGGCAAAGAAGAGACUGGCUGAGACUCAGGAGGAACUGAGCGCAGAAAUCCAGGCCAAGGCUGACAAGGUACACGACCUUGCUGAAUCGAUAGGCAAGAAGCUUGCUGAGGCAGAGCAACUUGGGGAAGAGGGCAACGUGGAUGAGUCGAUGAAGAUGAUGUCUGAAGUGGAGGACACGCGCAAGAAGAAAGCAGAAGCAGAGGAAGAGUAUCGGAACUCAAUGCCUGCGUCCAGCUUCCAACAGCAGAAGCUGCGAGUUUGCGAGGUCUGCUCGGCAUACCUGGGUCUCCACGACAACGACCGCAGGUUGGCGGACCAUUUCGGAGGAAAGCUUCACAUCGGGUUUAUCAAGAUUCGUGAAAAGCUCAAAGACCUUAAGAAUCUUGUGGCAGAGAAGAGGGAGAAGAGAGAGGUGGAGAGAGCCAAGCGUCGCGAGGAUAGAGAGAAAGAGAAAGAAAAGGACAGCAGGCCAAGCUCGCAGUCACGCAGUCCCAAACGUCGCAGCCACUCUAGAAGUCAAGAGCGGCGAGAGAGCAAGCCCCGAAGUGACCGCAGAAAGAGUCGAUCUCGUAGUCGCGAACGGCGAAGAGGGGAUUCGAGAAGUCGUGACCGUCGCAGAAGUCGCUCGCGCAGUCGGGAGAGACGUAGGAGCCGCUCCCGUAGCCGUGAUCGUCGCCGGAGCCGCUCCCGAGGUCAUGAUCGCAGAAGGCCAAGUCGCUCUCGCAGCCGAGACAGGAAGAGACGAAGGCGCAGUCGUGACAGGUCCAGGUCCUCUGAGAGAAGACGUAGGCGGUCGAGAUCGACCGACAGGCGGCGCAGAAACCGCUCGCAAGACCGAGGAGAUUCUCGCAGGCACAGCAGGUCGAGGUCAAAGGGCAGGUCGGCACGGUCCAAGUCGAGAUCCAAAGAGCGGAGUCGACAAUCUUCCCGCGAAAGAGAGGAGGACAAGACAAAGGAAGACGGGGAGGAAAGUCCAAAGGAGGAAUCAGCAAAUGGGGAGAAAGCCAGGUCGAGUAAGAGUCGCAGUAGGACCCCCGAGUCAGAAUGACAGACGGGACUGAAGGGUAUACAAAACCCACCAGCAUUCUGUUCAUACGUGUAGUCACACAAGAUCUCCAUUCAAGUAUAAUCAGCUAAGUUACCAAGAGAGUUGUGUAGUUUGGGCAGUCAGUUCACAUUGAACCACAUGUCUUGUCCUUGUUCAGCUCAUUACAUGUAACUUAAUUCAUAAACAUGAGGUUCUCUAGUAGUUAUAGAGAAAGCUUAAGGGAUUAUUUGUGGAUAUCUUGUACAAGUCCUUUUCUUACGAAUGCAUACAGUGUACAUAAACAAUUUAGACAUAGCCCUGCUGCAUAGUAGUGUCACUGACUUAGCAGUUUCCAGUACUUAGAUUUAAAUGUUAGAUAAAAUGUGUUGGAAUUUUAGCUUUCCCAACACAGAUGUGUGCAGGAAUAAGGACCUAUCGGUCAUUAAAUAGGCAUAAUGUGCUUAGCAUGCUGUAUACUCCACUGCAAGAAUCAUAGACUAUGGUAUCAGGAGUUAGUUCAAUAAUGGUUACACAAGGUUAAUCAAUUGAACUGGAAAGUUUGAUAUUAUACAGAAGCUCUGCAAGAUUUUAGCAUUUUUUUUUCAUUCUGAACUUCCAUUUAAUAUUGCUGAAUAGCGUCAUACUUGUGCUUGUCCUGGUUAUCAGUUAAUGUCGUAAACGAAGAUUACUUGAGAAGACUUUGUAUCAAUACAUUAAAGGUGCAUGUAAAUGAAUUACAUCCAUUGGCUUUAGUGUUAAUCUGUGCAUGAUUGUUGUUGACUUGAGAGAAGCUUUGAAAUUAAACUGCUGGAUGGGAUUAGUUCAGAAAUUUCAGACAAUAAAACUUGUCUGUCUUGUCAA